CUGGCCCUAGCUACCCAUGGUUCCUUGUAAUCUUUGAUGGUUCUCAGACCUCUAGACCGUGAAUUUCCAGCAUGGCGGACGUUUGGGUCGGAAGCGAAGUUGGAUUUUUAAAAGGAAUUGAUCUGAAGAAGUCGUCAUUCACAAACCAUGGCGUUGCAUCAAAAGUGGAUAGAAGCCACGAAAUCUGUGCCAUGUGCUGGGCUGAUGAGAGCGAAAAUCAGAUCUUGUUAGGAUUAACAAAUGGCAUUGUAAAGACCUUUGAUGUCAGCAAGAAGGAAGUCAUUGCUGAAUGUAGUCAUUCUAUUGGAGAAGGAAAGCUUAAAGGACUCUUCAAGUGGGAAAGUGCAGUUGUGACAGGUGCAGAGUCAGGACAACUAAAAAUUUGGAAAAAUGAUGAAGAUUCUACAGAUGUUAAAGUUGGAAGUCAUAUUUCUGCCAUGCGUCAGAAUCCCUCAUGUCCAUCUCAAGUGGGAACAGGUGGACAGAAGAAUGAUUUGAAACUCUGGGACCUUAGCAGACCUGACGAGCCAAUCUUUAGAGCCAAAAAUGUACCUAAUGAUUUCCUGGACCUCCAAGUUCCAAUCUGGGUGACGGAUUUAGGAUUUCUUCCUAGUCAGGGAGCUCAGGCUAGGGUUGCAGUUGGUACUGGGUAUCAUCAAGUGCGACUGUAUGACACCAAGGCACAGCGCCGACCAGUUUUAAGCUUUGACUUUGGGGAGUCCCCAGUCUCGGCAUUAGCUGUAACAGAUAAUGAAAAUCUUGUCAUUGUUGGGAAUACAGUGGGAACAAUGGGAAGUAUCGACCUGAGAAAGGGCCAGCUUCAAGGUCAUUUUAAAGGUUUUGCUGGUGGAAUCCGCUGCAUAUCUUGUCUUCACAAACAACAGAUGGUUGCUUCUUGUGGACUGGAUAAAUUUCUUAGGGUACACCAUCUUCAUAACAGAAAGCUUCUCUAUAAGGUUUACUUGAAGACAGCCCUAAACUGCUUGCUGUUUUCAGCGCUAGAAAUAGAAAAACAGAACACGCCACAAACAGAUAGCAGAGACACCGGUGUGUCAUCAGAUAGAUCACUUAAAAGGGUUGCGGAAGAGGAAAGCAGUGAAGAUGAUGACAUAUGGGAUAAAAUGGACGUUGUUACGUCUAGCAGUAAAAGAAAACGCCUUCGAAAACAAAUAAAAAGCACCAGGAAAAAGAAAGACAAAACAGAAGUAGCCUCACCUGGUUCAUGAAACCCUGCAAAAUUUCACCCUGUAAAUGGUUCACGCGUGACACGAGAAAAAAAGGGACCGAGAGAACAAGAGUGCCCGAGAACAGACGAGUGCAGUGGAUUGAGAAAUAUUAAUAUUUGAGGGGCGGUGCCCGGAUGUAUGACGCGUGUUACAACCCGGAUGUACGACAACGUUCGCGUCAUACUUCACUCAGGACCCAGAUGUACAAGAACGUAUACAAUAUGUAACGGUCAUCGCCUAAGGUCAUUCACGACUCGAAUAUAUGACGCCAAUCACGUCCUUCGGCAGUCAGCACGCAAAUGCAUGACGUCAAUGACGUUUGAUACCUGUUUGGAGAGACAAUCAAAACAAAAUAAAAUGAAAGAUUGAAAACGAACGACACAAUUUUCCUGUCCAGGCAGUGAAUGAAGUUGGACCGUCAGAAGUUGUAGAUUUCUUUGUCGUCAGCUCUUCGCUGCGGUAACAGUCAUAUCCGCUCACUUAGGUCUGAUUUGACAGGUACUCGUCAAAUUACGUCAUCGCGUCAAGAAAGUCACGCAAUAAGUCACACAAAACACAGAUCUUUUUCAAACAACAGUCAACAAGAAAAUUUAAUGUUUUUUUCAGAAUGUACAUAGUGGGACGUUUGCUACGGUCCAAGUGACCGGCAACCGGCUUACGGUAACAUCAAAAACGGAAAACUGUGCAAACGCAACAAGAGAAAUUUGAGAAACUAUGUACAAAUACAAGGAGAAAAUGAACUGCUUUCGACCAUGACAGAAAAUGCACUAUUUACCGAAUAAAAAUUUGAGAAAACUAUUUGACAAGGUUAUCCUGUUUAGUAGCUGUUCCUUGUUGGAACCUUGAGUGAGGGUUUGCAUUUCAAUGGUUUCUACAUCAAACAAGUGUCCACAAAAUGCACCGUUGCAGACGCGCCAAACUGGGGUCAGGUGCCCACAAUUUUACGACUUUCUUGAAAAAUUCAACACCUUCUUUCCAUGUCUCGUCAGUGUGAUUUAGGUGGAGAGGCUGGCCAUACGGUCGAUCUUGUUUAAAUACAUAACAUGUUUUGGACGUGAUGACUAUGAAAAACAAAUCCAACAACACUUAACAUCAUGCGAGGUCCAGGAUUUUAUCUUCUACUACCUUUUGACAUGACGUCUUUAGAUAAAUUGUACAUUUUGUUGGCCUUCUCGAUUUUGUCCAAGAAUUUUUUUCAUGAUUGGCGUGUAUUUGCCCAGCUGUCUGGGAAUCCUGUAACUCCCUGCGUCAAACUAAAUGAAAAGCUGAGUCUUAAUUAAGUCGGAACGGAUUGGUUACUGCUCGACAGGGUAACUACUUAGAUUUGUGUUUUUCUUAGGUAGCAGGAGAGAAAUAAAAACAGAAUCACGCUAACUUCGUCUUGGAUUAAAAAUGUGGAUCUCAGCAAAAUGUAGUAAGGUCUAGUAACAUCAAUUCGACGUAAUCAUCAACUCAAAAUGAAUUUCCUGGACAAUCUACUGUUAUAAAAACACAGUAAUGGUUGGGCUAUAAUAUCUCUACAGUAACAAAUGAUAUUCACAAAUGGUAGACAAUGAUAGGUUAUCCUCACAGUAAGAUGUAAUGUGUAACCCUCAGUAACAAUUGGUAUUCACAAAUGGUAGAGACAAUGGUUGUUAUCCAAACAAUUAAUAAUGCGACCGCCCAAAAGGUUUUCUAGCGUUCUGGGGAGAAAAUCAAAGGGUUUCAUUAUUAAAAUGUAAGCAAAUGUUUGCAUCAGAACGAAAGAGAUUGAUAUAAAAAUCAACAGUUAUGGAGGGGAGUUCCACUUUAUACACUUCUCCUAUGAUGAAGAGGCUGCCUUUCAAAAGAACUUUGAACAGAAAUUGUCUUCAAUGACUUCCCUACUUAACCUGUGGUACCCAAGGAACUUAACUCUACAUGGCCGUAUUGUCAUCCUAAAAGCACUAGCCCUUUCCAAACUUAUUUAUAACACCGCUGUCCUCCCUGUUACAUCUAAUUUCAUU